GCGAUCGGACCACACGAUGUGUUGGCGACACUGUUGAACAAUCUGAAGGUUCAAGAGCGUCAGCUGCGUGUUUGUACAACGGUGGCGAUAGCGAUUGUGUCCGAGACAUGCGCACCGUUCACUGUGUUGCCAGCAAUAAUGAAUGAGUAUCGUGUACCUGAGAUUAACGUACAGAAUGGCGUUCUGAAAGCACUUUCGUUCAUGUUUGAGGUGAGUCUUUGGUUGUGUUGCUUCGUGAGCAUUUUAGUGGCAGACUUAAUUGUGGAUUCGCAAAAUGGCAAUAUGAAUGUUCUGGUUGAGUAUUUUGGAAGUAGUGGAUUUUUCUGUUUUUUUUGCAAGGUUUUUGACUUAUUGAUGUGA